CGCGUCGAUUCACGUCGUCGUCGCAGCACGCAUCUCGUUCACGCUUUGUCACCCUACCAUUAGAACUUCUCUCAUCACUUCGAAAUGUCUGACGAUGAGUACGGCGGCGGCCCAGGCGAUGACUACGAUGAGCCAACGUACGAUGAGCCCGAGGAGCCCGACUACGAUGAGCCUGAUGAGGUAGAAGACGUCGGCGGAGGCGCCGAUGAAGAGACUCGCGACGCAGAGAACAUCAUAGCGAGCGGCGAUGCAGCGGCGGCGGCACGGGCGGCGGAAGAAGCCAAGAAGAAAAGUAAAAAUACGGUAGCGAGCGAGAAAGAAAAGAUGAUCCCGAGAGAGGAGCGAAAGACGACACCGUACAUGACUAAGUACGAGAGGGCGAGGGUGUUGGGAACUAGAGCGCUGCAGAUCAGCAUGAAUGCACCGGUGCUUGUUGAUCUCGAGGGCGAGACAGAUCCGCUAGCCAUCGCAUUGAAAGAGCUCAGAGAGAAGAAGAUUCCUCUUGUGAUCAGGCGCUACUUGCCUGACGGAUGGUACGAGGACUGGACGUGCGAGGAGCUUUUAUAAAAGAAAAAUGGCGAAACAAGUGCAAUCUCCUCAUGAGCUUAGCAUCGGCGUUUUUGGGCUGUCCGGCCAGGAAUAUCAUUAACGGAGAGUUAGGGAAGCACGUCAUUGACAAGAGUUCGCUACCUAAAACAAGGAGAGACUACAGCAUUAAGCUACGUAGCCGUUGCAUGUAGGACACAACGGGCGAAUACGUGCAGCCUCGUUCUGCGGUUUCCACUUGUCGGCCAACAAUGUAUUAGCGUUUUUAAACAGCAGAAGAUUCAAACAAACACGGAUUUUCUAACGCUGAAAGUUGAGCAACAUGACAGUCCCCAGUUGAAUCAAGAGUUCACUGAGCACAUGCAUCUUUCAAAGAGAAUGGCACAGCAAAAGACGAGGAGCUUGGGAUCUACAGUUGAUUUUACUCUUCCGUUGGACAAAUUGCUUGCCACGCUAUUCAUGUCCCUAGUCUCAAAUAUGCACAAGAAGUUGUCUGCACAGCAUAGCAUUACUCACAGCUUGCCGUCUCUGCUUCUAGAUCGAUUAGUUCCACAUCUCUUUCCCGUCCGCCAAAGGAAGGGGCUUGAAGCCUGCGGAAGGUGCGGACAAAAGCGACUUACUAUUUC